AUGGAGGUACCCGGCGUGCUGCUGGUGAUGGGCGUGAGCGGCUCAGGGAAAUCAACCGUGGGCGCCCUGCUUGCAUCUGAGCUUGGAUGGAUGUUCUAUGAUGCAGAUGACUACCAUCCUGAGGAAAACCGGAUGAAGAUGAGCAGAGGGAUCCCACUGAAUGACCAGGACAGGAUUCCAUGGCUCUGCAACUUGCAUGACAUUUUACUAAGAGAUGUGGCCUCGGGACACUGUGUGGUUCUAGCCUGUUCAGCUCUGAAGAAAAUGUACAGAGACAUCCUGAUACGAGGCAAGGAAUCAGGCAAGGAAGAAAAGCCACCUGAGGUGAAGCUCUUCGUGGUCCAUCUCAGUGGGCCGUUCGAGGUCAUUUCUCAACGCUUACUUAAAAGAGAAGGACACUUUAUGCCCCCUGAGCUACUACUGUCCCAGUUCAAUACUCUGGAGUCUCCAUCAGCUCCAGAAAUCUUCAUCCAAGUCAGUGUGGACAAAGAGCCUUCUGAGAUCAUUGCUACAGUUAUGGAUUCUUUGAAAGUGCAAUGA